GAAGGUGUAUAUCAAGUCAGAUUAUGCAAUAAUGGUCGUUGGAAUAUCAUUCUUAUCGAUGAUUUCCUUCCGUGUGAUGAAUACGGGCAUUUAGUCUAUUCUCAAGCUGAAAGAAAUCAAUUAUGGGUUCCAUUUAUUGAAAAGGCUUUAGCUAAGAUGCAUGGAUGCUAUGAAGCAUUAUCUUCUGGUCGUUGUAUUGAAGGUCUAGCUACACUUACUGGAGCUCCUUGUGAAAUGAUUAAAUUACAAAGUUGUAGUUAUUCUCCUGAUAUCGAUAAGGAUUUAAUCUGGGCCCGUUUAUUAAGUUGUAAAGAAGCUAGCUUUUUGAUGGGUUCAUCGUGUGGUUGCUUAAAUAGCAGUAUAAAUGCAACAGAAUAUCACCAAGUUGGUUUACAACCCAACCAUGCUUACUCGCUUCUUGAUGUACAAGACAUUAAUGGAAUCAGACUAGUAAGGCUACGCAAUCCGUGGAAACGUUGUUCCUGGAAUGGCGAUUGGUCUGAUGAUUCACCUCUUUGGACAAUAAGUUUACGUAAUAAAUUGCUUCCUCAUGGUAGUGAAGAAGGCAUAUUUUGGAUGUCAUUUGAUGAUUUUAUGAGAUAUUUUGAAAGUGUUGAUGUAUGUAAAGUAAAUCCGAGUUGGAUGGAAAACAGGAUUUCGGGACAUUUUUCUUUACCAAUGACUGGUAAUGUUGUAAAGUGCCACCAAAUUGCUGUCUUUGAAACAUCAGAAGUAGAAUUUUCUCUAUACCAAGAUAACCUCAGGUCCGUAGGAAAUAAAUCAAAUGUUGAUAUAUUGGACGCUGUGGUAGUAGUUUACAAAUGUGAUUCUGUAACAGGCGAAAUUUUGCACUGUGUUGUUAAAAGUGAAAGAAGAUAUCACGCUUACUUAAACUGCCAUGCUCUACUUGAACCUGGUUUAUAUAUUGCUAUAACACUGUCGUUUCAAAACCUCUCCAUUAUUAUGCAAACUUGCUCGCUAACAAAUUUAUCCACCUUGCAUUCUUCCAAGGUCAUUCAAGUAGAUGAGGUAGAAAAUACAUCAAGUUUUGUUGCAAAUGCCUUAUUCUUGAUGGUUGAAAAAUAUGGAAAGCAGCACGAAAUAGCGAAUCUACCUCAAACAUUAAAGUGUUCAUAUCUUAUGGACAAUAUGGGCGGAUUGAUCAUGACUGCGGAAAAUGGUACUGCUAAUUCAUCAUUUUAUAUUGAAUGCGAUUGUUCUGGUAGCCAGAACCUAGUGUCGACUCGUGGUGGAUUAUUAACAGUUGAUUGCCUUCCUCCAAAGACACGGUAA